UCAUGUGUUUGCACUCUGGAGUGCCGCUCAAGCGGAACGUCACGUGAGCAGUGGGUGCGGGGGAGGAGGAGAAAGGGGCCGUUUCACACACGUCGUGUCCACCCCCUCGCUGGAGACACACAGAGGGGCUGCAGACACAAGAAAUCGGUGGUGUAGCGCAGCGAAGCGGGACGGGACGCGCAGGAGACCAUCUGGAGACCAUCCGAACAUCUGGAGAUCGUGAGGAGACCCAAAGAAGAUCAUCAGAAGAUCAAGUUGUCUAGAGAUCCGGCGCAUGUGGAGUGUUUCUAAAUAAAACAGGGGGUCCCCAGGACGAUGUAGUCGGACAUCUCGGGACCCCCCCCCCCCCUCCCCCGCGCCUCCCGGAGGAUACCACAGUAAAACCAGGUUUCUUCACUGCUCCGACCGAUGGAGGAAAUGUAAGUUUUCUGGAGGACGGAGUCCAGUUCAUCCGGAGGGGGUCGACUGAGGGAAGCGCCCCCCCCCCCCGACCCCCAGCCCUAGCGCCAAGACGUUUUGUGUGAAGCCCCUGCCCGCGUCCUUCCUGCCGGGCCUCGGCUCUCCAGCCGGGUCAAAGGUCAAAAGUGACCAUGUGGUCUUCCUGCCACCUACACUGCCUCCUGCUGCCACUGGUGGCGCUGCUGCUGCCCAGCUGCUUUGCCUUAUCUCCACCGCGGUUCACGAAGGUGCCCAUUGACCAGACGGGCGUGUCCGGGGGCGUGGUUUCCUUCGUGUGCCAGGCGACAGGUGACCCCAAGCCCCGCGUCACCUGGAACAAGAAAGGGAAGAAGGUGAACUCCCAGCGCAUCGAGACCAUCGAGUUCGAUGAAGGAGCGGGGGCCGUACUACGCAUCCAGCCACUGCGAGCCCCCCGCGAUGAGAACAUCUACGAGUGCAAGGCAGAGAACAGCGAAGAUGAGAUCACAGUCACCGCCAAGCUGUCAAUCAUCAGAGAGGACCUGCUUCCACCGGGCUUCCCCAACAUUGACAUGGGCCCCCAGCUCAAGGUGGUGGAGCGCACACGAACAGCCACCAUGCUGUGCGCUGCCAGCGGCAACCCUGACCCCGAGAUCACCUGGUUCAAGGACUUCCUUCCCAUCGACCCCAGCGCAAGUAAUGGGCGAAUCAAACAGCUGCGGUCAGAAGCCUUUGAGGGCACCCCUAUACGAGGAGCCCUCCAGAUUGAAAACAGCGAGGAGACAGACCAGGGGAAGUACGAGUGCGUGGCAUCCAACUCGGAAGGUGUUCGCUACUCAUCCCCAGCGAACCUAUAUGUGAGAGAGCUUCGAGAAGUGCGUCGCGUACCCCCACGCUUCUCCAUCCUGCCCACCAACCACGAGAUCAUGCCGGGUGGCAGUGUCAACAUCACCUGCGUGGCGGUAGGUUCGCCCAUGCCCUACGUCAAGUGGAUGCUGAAUUCGGAGGACCUGACACCUGAGGACGAGAUGCCGGUGGGUCGCAACGUACUCGAGCUGAAUAGCGUCCGCGAGUCAGCCAACUACACCUGUGUGGCCAUGAGCAGCCUGGGCAUCAUCGAGGCCGUGGCCCAGAUCAUUGUCAAGUCUCUCCCAAAGCCCCCAGGGACCCCCAUUGUUACAGAGACCACAGCGACCAGUGUCACUAUUACCUGGGACUCAGGAAACCCUGAUCCAGUGUCUUACUAUAUCAUCCAGUACCGUGCUAAGGCCCCUGACAGCAAGUUUGAGACCAAGGAUGGGAUCACUACCACCCGUUACAGCAUUGGAGGAUUGUACCCUAACACUGAAUAUGAAAUCAGAGUGUCGGCUUUCAAUGCCAUUGGACAAGGCCCUCCCAGCAACCCCGUAGAGGCAAGGACAGCAGAGCAGGCACCUGCCAGCCCACCGCGGAACGUCCAAGCACGGAUCAUCUCCCAGAACACCAUGAUGGUACGCUGGGAUGAGCCAGAGGAACCCAACGGUCAGAUCAAGGGCUACCGUGUCUAUUACACCAUGGACCCAUCAUUGCCCAUGAACCAGUGGCAGAUCCACAAUGUACAGGACAGUGUGAUCACCACUGUGCAGAGCCUCACCCAAUCUGAGACGUAUACGGUGCGCGUCCUGGCUUUCACCUCUGUAGGUGAUGGCCCCUUUUCUGAGCCCAUCCAGGUGAAGGUGCUCCAAGGAGUUCCUGGACAGCCUGCAAAGUUUCAGGUGGGCAAGGUAUCAGACACAAGUAUUGAGCUCACGUGGGAGCCCGCCUUUGAUAAGGAGGGCAUCAUCAAUUAUGAGCUCAUCUACAAAGAGGGGAAAUCCGGCAACCAGGUGAAGAAACGCCUGGAACCCACUUCUUCUUAUGUGGUGGAGGGCCUGCGGGCGAACACGGAGUACUCCUUCUCUCUUGCCGCCGUCUCCAAGAAAGGCAUUGGGGCCUUCAGCAAUGAGGUUGUCCAGAAAACCUCCCAAGCCAAGCCCUCCGCCCCCCCUCAAGACAUUAAGUGCAGCAGCUCCAGCUCCACCACCCUGCUGGUAAGUUGGCACCCCCCGCCGGCCGAGAGCCAGAACGGUGCCUUGGCGGGGUACAUAGUGCGCCACCUGGUGGCGGGGGCGGAGCUUGGUGCCGAACCCGUGGAGGAGCCCCCCGUGCCCCCCACCGCGGGACAGGUUCUACUGCAGGGGCUGGAGAAGUGGACCCAGUACCGCGUCACCGUGGCUGCCUUCACCGACAAAGGGUCCGGACCCGAGAGCGAGCCCCUGCUCUGCCGCACGGAUGAGGAUGUCCCGGGGGCCCCUCCUCGUCGGGUGGAGGUGGAGGUGCUAAACUCCACUGCGCUCAAAGUGAUGUGGCGCUCGCUGCUGCCGGGGCGACAGCACGGCCAGAUCCGCGGCUACCAGGUGCACUACGUGCGCGUGGAGGAUGGGGAGUCACGCGGACUCCCGCGCAUCAAGGACGUCAUGCUGGCCGACGCCCAGUGGGAAACGGAUGACACGGCCGAAUAUGAGAUGAUCAUCGGGGGUCUGCAGCCCAACACCACCUACUCCAUCACCGUGGCAGCAUACACCACUAAAGGAGAUGGUGCGCGCAGCAAACCCAAGCUGGUGGUGACCAAGGGAGCAGUCCCAGGUCCACCCACCCUGUCAGUCAGCCAGGAAGCGGGCAGCCAGGCGGUGGUGCACUGGCAGGCACCAAAGGCAACCGGCCCAGGGUCAGAGGUGUUGGGCUACCGGCUGCAGUUUGGCCGUAAGGACGUAAGCCCGCUCGCCACCCUGGAGUUCACCGUGCAUGAGCUGGAGUAUACAGUUGACAGCGUGCACCGCGGCGCCACCUACGUCUUCCGACUGUCCGCCAAGGGCCGCUCCGGUUUUGGUGAAGAGGCCUGGCGAGAGUUAACCAUCCCUGAGGACGUGCCCAGGGGCUACCCUCAUAUCUCUGAGGGCACCAACGUCACCUGCUGCUCGGUACAGUUCUCCUGGCUACCUCCAGUACUUGCGGAGCGCAACGGCAUCAUCACAGAGUACACGGUGGCCUUCAAGGAAGCGGGCAGCACCGGUGCCCCCCGAGAAUUGACUCUCCCCACCAGCGAGUCCACUUGCACCCUGAAUGGCCUGAACCCCGACACAGCGUACGAUGUGAAAAUCCGUGCGCACACCAGUGUAGGUCCGGGGCCCUACAGCCCUCCAGUGCAGUAUCGUACGGUGGCCUUUGAGACAGAUGUCCCGAAGAAUUUCUCAGUGAAGUUGGUGACUAAGACAACAGUGUUGCUGACUUGGGAGUUCCCGGAGAGCCGCUACUCUUACCGCUUCAAGGUUGAAUACAGUCGUCAGAAGAUGGACGUGGAUGCCAGACUAAGGAAAGCACUGAUUACCGGCCUGCGGCCCAACACCACAUAUGACUUCAAGAUCACAAGUCCGGAGGGAAAUAUGGGGGACUUGCGUCACCGCAUCCACGCCAAGACUGCUCCCCCCAUUGUGGUCAAGAAGCCAGAACUGGACCACAACCGCGAGUCGGACCCACGAAUCACCAUGAUCUUUCCUCCUGUAGACAUUCAUGAUUCAAUCAAGAACGUUUACGUGGUGGUGGUCCCUCUGAAGAUGGUCCGGGGACACAUUCAGCAUGUAAAGAGCCCUGAGGAGUUGGAUCUUGAUGAGCUGUUCAAGGACAUCGGCCAGAAGCAGCGAAACACUCGAGUCAUCCGGCAGCGGCGGCAGACCAAUGCACGCAAGCCAUAUAUUGCCGCCUGCUUCAAGCCCUCCAGCCUGCCCUCUUUCUUCACUGUGGGUGAUCAGAUGGAAUAUAACGGCUUUGAGAACCGUGCACUGGAGCCUGGGCAGGAGUAUGUCUUCUUCCUGCUGGCAGAGCUCAACAGUACCUCUGGGAAGAUGUUUGUGGCCAGCCCAUACACAGAGUCCGCUAUCGCUCCGGACAUGGACCCACAACCCAUAGAUGGAGGAGAUGGCCUGAUCUGGGUGGUGGGACCUGUCCUGGCUGUGGUCUUCAUCAUUUGCAUCGUCAUUGCUAUUCUUCUCUACAAAAACAGCAAGCCUGACAGCAGUAAACGGAAGGAUUCAGAACCGCGCACCAAGUGCCUGCUGAACAAUGCCGAGAUCACGGCGCACCACCCCACAGACCCUGUGGAGAUGAGGCGCAUCAACUUCCAGACCCCAGAUUCUGGCCUCAGCAGCCCUCUGAGCGAAGCCGAUUUUGACUAUGAAAGCAUGGUGAACCAUCCCCCCAUCCCCAUUUCGGAGCUGGCUGAGCACACGGAGCUCCUGAAGGCCAAUGACAACCUGAAGCUCUCGCAGGAGUACGAGUCCAUCGACCCCGGGCAGCAGUUCACGUGGGAGCACUCAAACCUGGAGGUGAACAAGCCCAAGAACCGCUACGCCAACGUCAUCGCGUACGACACGUCCCGCGUCAUCCUCCAGCCCAUCGAAGGCAUCAUGGGUAGCGACUACAUCAAUGCCAACUACAUCGAUGGCUACCGCAAGCAGAACGCCUACAUUGCCACACAGGGACCGCUGCCCGAGACCUUCGGCGACUUCUGGAGGAUGGUGUGGGAGCAGAGGACCGCCACCGUGGUCAUGAUGACGCGGCUGGAGGAGAAGUCCCGGGUCAAAUGUGACCAAUACUGGCCCAGUCGUGGCACGGAGACCUACGGGAUGAUCCAGGUGACCCUGCUGGACACUAUCGAACUGGCCACCUUCUGCGUCCGCACCUUCUCCCUGCACAAGAACGGCUCCAGCGAAAAGAGGGAGGUGCGGCAGUUCCAGUUCACAGCGUGGCCCGACCACGGCGUCCCCGAGUACCCAACACCAUUCCUGGCCUUCCUGCGCAGGGUGAAGACUUGCAACCCCCCGGAUGCGGGGCCCAUCGUCACACACUGCAGUGCCGGAGUGGGCCGCACGGGCUGCUUCAUCGUCAUCGACGCCAUGCUGGAGCGCAUCAAGCACGAGAAGACGGUGGACGUGUACGGUCACGUGACGCUGAUGCGCUCGCAGCGCAACUACAUGGUGCAGACGGAGGACCAGUACGGCUUCAUCCACGACGCGCUUCUGGAGGCGGUGGCCUGCGGCAACACCGAGGUGGCCGCCCGCAGCCUCUACUCCUACAUCCAGAAGUUGGCACAGGUGGAGAGCGGCGAACACGUCACUGGCAUGGAGCUCGAGUUCAAGAGACUGGCCAACUCCAAAGCUCACACGUCACGAUUCAUCAGCGCCAACCUCCCCUGCAACAAGUUCAAGAACCGGCUGGUAAACAUCAUGCCGUACGAGACGACCCGCGUGUGCCUGCAGCCCAUCCGCGGCCUGGAGGGCUCAGAUUACAUCAACGCCAGCUUCAUCGACGGAUACAGGCAGCAGAAGGCCUACAUCGCCACACAAGGCCCCCUGGCUGAGACCACUGAGGACUUCUGGAGGAUGCUGUGGGAGCACAACUCCACUAUCGUGGUCAUGUUGACCAAGCUGAGGGAGAUGGGCAGAGAGAAGUGCCACCAGUACUGGCCGGCUGAGCGCUCUGCCCGGUACCAAUACUUUGUGGUGGACCCCAUGGCUGAGUACAACAUGCCCCAGUACAUCCUGAGGGAGUUCAAGGUCACUGAUGCCAGGGACGGCCAGUCCCGGACGGUCCGGCAGUUCCAGUUCACAGACUGGCCGGAGCAGGGCGUGCCCAAGUCCGGGGAGGGCUUCAUCGACUUCAUCGGCCAGGUGCACAAGACCAAGGAGCAGUUCGGUCAGGAUGGCCCCAUCUCCGUCCACUGCAGCGCGGGUGUGGGCCGCACCGGUGUCUUCAUCACCCUCAGCAUCGUGCUUGAGAGGAUGCGCUACGAGGGCGUGGUCGACAUCUUCCAGACGGUCAAGAUGCUGCGCACUCAGAGGCCGGCCAUGGUCCAGACAGAGGAUGAGUAUCAGUUCUGCUACCAGGCAGCUCUGGAGUACCUGGGAAGCUUUGAUCACUAUGCAACGUAAAAAAAACGGAAAAAUCUCCACGACUCCGCCGUUCCCCCUCGACAGUCUUCUGAGCCAUAGAAACUUGCUUGACAAUUUUUUUGAUGACAGCAGAAUUCCAACUCAAACAAAAACUUGAACGGAACUAAACAAACAAAACGGGGGGAAAAAAGCGGACAAGAGCACGUGGUAUGAGAAGUGCGACGGCGGCGAGCGAAGAGGGUGUUGGGAAGGAAGCGACAUUUUGAACACUCAGAGCUCAGGAACUCACCUGGAAGAGGACAGAAAGGGCGGCUCAGGCUGCGAGGCGGGAACGAUCUCCGCGUCGGACUCGUCCACUGCUCCCACGCGGAGGACAUAGCAUAUCUGUGGGAACAUCUGUUGCGAAAGUUGAACAAAAAAAAAAGGGGAGAAAAUCGACAAAAGUCAAAAAAGUUUUCAUAAAAGUGGAAAAAAUAAAAUAAAAUUUGUAAUUAAUGCAAAAUUGGAAGACAAUUUUUAGAACAUCUACGAAAAGAUGAGGUUUUGUUGGUUACACGUUGGGGUAUUUUUCAGAGAUUUUUAUAUAUCCGCAUUAACGGGAAUGGGUUGGAAAUUGUUAUCCUUUUGAAAGGCUGUUGCCGAAAGCUCUGGCUGCGGCAAGAAGGAGGUGGAUCUGGAUGGAGGAGGACAGUUUUAGAGCGCCUCGUCCCUCUGUAAAUUUCUGCCCUGCAAAUCCAGUCACCCAUCACGUUGUUGUCAAGGACGUUUCCAUCUCCGAAGCGGCAAGCGUGUCUUCAGUGCCAAGAACAGCGGCGAGAACAGCCGCAGGUCAGGACCGCAAGGGAGAUGGACUCCUGUCCUAGAAAAACGAAGAGGAGCGUCAAACCUACAUUGCUCUUCGUCGAUAUUCCGCACCAAGCGUUCCAGCGGCGCGUCCGUUUCGAGGGCCACAAAACACACGAGUUUGGCUCGGCCACCGCUGCGUCAUUCCUGGAGUUGCCGUCCUUGGCACACCCUCGUGGUGCCACGUGACGUCAUUCCACGGUUGGAAAACAAAACAAAAAAGCAGGCCUGAAAACUCACAGUCGCGUUUUAUUUUUUUACGUUGACACUUAUUAGUAUUUUUUACAUGUCGUGCUGCUGGUGUGUCGUGCUGUGAACAGUGGAGCGCCACAGAGGACCACUCGUCCCGUCAUUGGGCGAAGGUAGCAAAGCGCAAAGCACCAUGGGACGUGUUCUCCUCCUGGGCAGGUGACGAGCGGGCGCUCAUCGGACGAGGUGCCCCCUCUCCCCACCGGGUUCCGCAACCGUGUCGAUGGUGGCCAGCAUUCUUCGCAAACAUGUCAUGGUGAUCGUUACUCUUCUUAGUAUUAGACCUGUAUUUUUUGCUAGUUUCUGUCUAAACCAAACAUGCUGCUUAUUCUUUAUACUGUAGUGCGGCACAGUGUCAAAUGUGAAGGUUGGCACCCAGCAGUCCCUUGUCCAAACCCAGCCUCCCACCACCCCCUACCCCCCAUACACACUCCUCUGCCCUUUCCAUGACGAAUGUCUUAAUGGAAGUCCUGGACUCGGCCUCGGAACCGGAGCUGUUUGGGCUCAGCAUCUUCAGAACCGGGUGCAACCGCUGAAAUCCUGACGCCUUUGCUGGAGAACUUCGAGCACUAGCCGCGACCCCACGUCCUCGAACUUGGCCACUGCGAGGAACCAGGUUCUCGGCCUCUCCGGCAUGUUUACAUGAGUAUGGCUCAAAAGCGUCCCACCCUAAUGGGGAUGCCCCAAGUUGCAGCUGUGGCCCAUCUGCGAACAACACAGGUGUAAAGGGGCGGGUACCGAGGGGAAAGGGUUUCCUACAGAUUGUUGCCCCGCCUUGAGGAUGGACUGUGUUUGCAGCAUUGCUCUGAACUGUGCUUGCCGUGGCGGCCCCGGGCCCCGGGAACCUUCCAGAGGCGGAGCGAGACUCCGCCCUCUCUCACCACAGAGUCGCCGGAUGGCGAACACAGACUCUUUCCUUAGGUGGUGUGAGAAGUGUCUCUACACUCCGUGAUGUAUGCUGAUAUGAUAAAGUAACUCCGCCCCCAGUACAUACCCCCCCAAGCCUUGCUCCCCCGACCUUCUCCCAGGGAUCAGUGCUUUUACGUGUAAAGAGCUAUGGAUAGGUGUACUCACUAGCAAUCAUGGGGCAGGCCGUGAGUAGUCCGUUUCUUAUUUCCAAAAAAGCCUUAUUGUUAACAUUAUGAAACAUGAAUUAUGUAUUUUUUGAUUACUGUCAUUUAAC